UGUAGGAUCAUUCCCAUCACCCGCGUGUACAACUGUAAAGACAAAAUAUGUGAUCUACAUGCUCUUUAUUCACUCUUAUAAAUACUCACCUCUCCACAUUUCUCUCUUAACUACAAAUCUUGACUCUUAUUUUUAAUCUUCCACAUCAAGAAAAAAGAAAUCUUCCUUGUAUUUUCUUUAUCUAGUCCAAACACAGAUCUACUCUCUCUUUUUAGGUUGACAAUCUUGGAUUAUAAUGUCGACAGUGCAUUCUAAUGGAAAUGUUGAUUCACAAAAUGCAAAGCCAUUCAAGAUUUUCAUAGGUUAUGAUCCCCGUGAAGAUGUUGCAUAUGAGGUCUGUCGUUAUUCUCUUCUAAAAAGAUCUUCAAUCCCACUUGAAAUCAUACCAAUUAAACAAUCUGAGUUAAGGGAAAAAGGGUUAUACUGGCGUGAAAGAGGGAAAUUGGAAAGCACUGAGUUUUCAUUUACACGUUUCUUGACACCCCAUUUGGCUAAUUUUGAAGGGUGGGCUAUGUUUGUUGAUUGUGAUUUCUUGUACUUAGGUGAUAUUAAAGAAUUAAGAGAUAUGGUUGAUGAUAAAUAUGCUGUAAUGUGUGUACAACAUAAUUAUGCACCGAAAGAGACAACAAAAAUGGAUGGGGCAGUACAAACUGUGUAUCCUAGGAAGAAUUGGUCAUCAAUGGUUCUUUAUAAUUGUGGGCAUCCAAAGAAUAAGGUACUUACACCUGAGAUAGUGAAUAAAGAAUCUGGUGCAUUUCUUCAUAGGUUUAUGUGGUUGGAAGAUGGGGAAAUCGGGGAAGUUCCGUUCGUUUGGAACUUCCUCGUGGGGCAUAAUAAGGUUGUUGAGGGUGAUCCAACUACAUUUCCUAAGUCAAUUCAUUAUACACUUGGUGGACCUUGGUUUGAGGCUUGGAAGGAUUGUGAAUUUGGAGAUUUGUGGAUAAAGGAACUCGAGGAGUACAAGAAGGCGACAGAGAAGAAGGCGGAUUAGGCCAAUGUAGUGAAUGGUAUCGUUUUAUUUCCACAGUUUUUAGUUAACUAAUUGAUUCGUUACAUGCAUCUUCAGAUGUUUCAGGGCUAUGCUUCCUUGAUUUAGUAUUCCAUGUUGUUUUGAGAUGUAACAGAUUCAUUCUAAAUCAAAUACUUUGUAUUCUAGUUUUACAAAUUUUAGUUAGUAAGCAGUUUUACAGUCAUAUCUUUGUAUUUUGAUUGUAAUAGAUUUGUUAAGGAAAGAAUAAGAGCAUCUCGAUCUUUGAAUGA